UUAUUAUUGUUUUGAGGAAAUAUUUUGUACGAACUUGUCAAGUUUAGGUCGUCUUGUUAAUAUUUCGGCUUGUUCAUUUUAGAUUUAAAUAUUCAGAGUUUUGAUGAAACAAUAAAAUUGCAUAGUGUAUUUUUAUUUCACAUCAUGUGUUCUCAUGAAUUUAUAUUGAAUCGUGAAUAACUGGGAGGUUGUUCUGCCAUUAUUGAUUGAAAAAGCCCCAGACAGUUUUGAUAACAUGGAUGCUGCCUGUGAUCUGGAGACGGAGGAAAAUUCCUAUGUACUUUUCAAACAAGAUAGCAUGUUUGCUGAAAGUUUUCCUUUGAUGAAGGAAAUUCGAAGACAAGGAAAACUGUGCGAUGUGACUUUGAAGGUAGAAAAUCAUUCUUUUUCGGCACAUCGCAUUGUGUUAGCCGCUACAAUACCAUAUUUUUACGCAAUGUUUACUCAUAACAUGGCCGAGAGCAGGAUCAGAGAAAUAACUAUGAAAGAAAUUGAACCACAUGCACUAGAGAGUUUAAUCAAUUUCGCGUACAGCGGUGUAAUUAAAAUUGAUAACCAAAAUGUUCAAGGGUUAAUGGUUGGUGCAUCCUUUCUACAAUUAAAUAAAGUAAGAGAUGCAUGUGCAGAUUUUUUAAAGAGCAGAUUCCAUCCACAAAAUGUUCUUGGAAUUCGUCAUUUUGCAGAUACACUUAGCUGCACUCAGUUAAUCACUUCGGCCGAUCGUUACAUACAUCAGUAUUUUUCAAGAGUUGCCUUUUCGGAUGAAUUUCUGGCUUUGAAUUUCGACGAAUUAGUCGAUAUCGUUCGACGUGAUGAGCUUAACGUACCAUCCGAGGAAUGUAUUUUUGACGCUUGCAUGAAAUGGGUUAAAAACGAUAUAGAAACUCGAGCCGGAUUUUUGCCAAAUUUAUUGGCAAAUAUAAGACUGCCACUACUCUCUCCUCAGUUCCUAGCAGAUAGCGUUGCCACGGAGGAAUUGAUCCGAACAUCGCAUAAAUGUCGAGAUUUGCUCGAUGAGGCGCGUGAUUUUCAUCUGAUGCCCGAGCGGAGGGCAUUAGUUUCAGCCUCUCGAACAAGACCUCGUUGCUGUGAUUAUGUAAUUGGACAGAUUUAUGCUGUGGGAGGACUAACGAAAAAUGGAGAAUCGGUUAGUACUGUGGAAAUUUACGACCCUGUAACCAAGGAAUGGAAAAUGGGUGAAGCAAUGUCAAUGUUACGUUCUCGUGUUGGUGUGGCUGUUAUGGAUGGGAAACUGUAUGCUUUUGGUGGAUUCAAUGGGACUGAGCGGCUUUCAACUGUUGAAGUGUACGACCCUUUACAGAAAAAAUGGAGUCAAGGAAAAGCAAUGCGAUGCAAGAGAAGUGCGGUUGGUGUGGCUGCGUUAGACGAUUUAGUGUACGUCUGUGGAGGUUAUGAUGGUGUAACAAGCUUGAGUACAGUAGAAUGUUAUUCUCCAAAAUCAGAUUCCUGGACGACAGUAGCGCCAAUGAUGAAAUACAGAUCAGCAGGAAAGCUUUUGUUCUAUUCUAGUGGCAAAAAUUUAAAUAAUGUUUGUUUUUUUUUUUUAUGUUUAGGAGGAGUAGCACCGUUGGGUGGAUAUGUAUAUGCAUUAGGCGGUCAUGAUGGUUUGUCAAUUUUUGAUUCCGUGGAACGAUACGACGUAUCAACAAACACAUGGACCAAGGUCCGUUCAAUGCUAAAUAGAAGAUGCAGACUAGGCGUAGCCACAUUGGGUGGAAAACUAUAUGCUUGUGGCGGCUAUGACGGAAGCUGUUUCCUCCGAUCAGUCGAGGUUUAUACACCAGAAAAGGAUCAGUGGCAACUGAUAGCACCAAUGAAUGUUAAAAGAAGUAGAGUAGCGCUAGCGGCUAAUAUGGGUAAAUUGUGGGCUAUUGGUGGUUAUGAUGGCGAAUCGAAUCUUUCUACAGUAGAGGUAUAUGAUCCUAAAACUGACACAUGGACGUUUGUAGCUCCAAUGCGACACCACGGAGGAGGCGUCGGUGCUGGUGUUAUACCAAACGUUAUUAAAUAAGGUCUUUAAUACAACCAUCUGCUUUAUAUGUUAGCGAGCGACGCCUUAUAUUAAUGACACUUAUAUCUUGUUUAUUUGUUUUCAUAGUAGAGCUGUACCGAAUACCACUAUUCGGCCUUUGGCCGAAUACCGAAUACUUGCUUUAUGAACUAUUCGGCCAGCCGAAUAUUCGACCGAAUACUUGAAAAGAUAACGAUAUUUUUUCAGCGCCACGCAACGUUUUCGCGCCCGUCAUUCUCGUUUUAAAUUACUUAUUUUGUUUCAGUGUAUAAAUUGCAAGCUGUCACCUCGAUGCGCUUAGCCUCGCAUAAUAACAAUAACAUAACCUCAGAUCAGUCCGUUUUUUCUUUCGCUAGUGUUCGCAUUCAAAUUCGCAAAAUGACUGAGAAACUUUCGGCUGUUUGGGAUUUUUAUCUAGUUAAUGACGAGGGCAAAAGUGCAAAGUGCGUUGAAUGCAACGCAACAAUAUCUCGCGGUGGAAUUGUUUUUUUUUAAGGGGGGGAUUUGUUAGUAGCUUAAGUAUUUAUGAUAAAUAAUAGUAAAUAAUGAGUAUGUGUGUCCAAUCACAAAUGGUGACUUCUCAACACUGUUAGAAAUUUGUAAUUUUAAUUGUUAGGAUUUGUUUGCUUUCGCAAUUAGGACUUAUCAUUCGUAGGGAUUUAAACCUACUUGUCAGAAAAGGGGAAGUAAACUUACAACUAACUCAAUUGCUAACUUAUUGGCUAUAAAGAGAGCUUAUCGUAGCAAUUGAGGAUUGCAACGAUUUUUGUCGUAAAUUGUUAAUAAUUUUAUUUGACAUAGCUACUAAUGGUUCAACACCAGUAAGUCUAUGUAAUUCGAGUGUACCAAACCAAGGAGGACGCUUCAAAAUCAUUUUCAGAAUUGUAUUCUGAAUCCUUUGGAGCGUUUUCUUCCUUGUUGGACAGCAACUUGACCAGAUCGGUACAGCAAAAAAGCAUUGCUGGUCUAAAAAAUUGUUUGUAAAUCAAAAGUUUGUUCUUUAAACAAAGUUUAGAAUUCCUGUUAAUGAGAGGAUAUAAACAUCUCGUAUAUUUGAUGCACUUGGCUUGUAUACUCUCAAUGUGCUCUUUGAAAAUAAGUUUUGCGGUGGAAUUGGUAAAAAUGCAACGAAUACGGCGAUGGUUAAUCACCUAAAAUUGCACCCGAAAUUGUACCAAGCUUACGGUGCCGAGGAAUGUGAACGGAAAUCAUCGAAAGCAUCCAAAGACAGGCUCUCUCUAACUAUACUUAAGGAGUGUUUGUCCGCAGCAGAGAAGUGGGACCUAAAAUCUAUCAAAUCUAAGGAAAUUACGGGUGCAAUUGCUGAAAUGAUGGUUCUGGAUCUACAACCAUUCUCGAUGGUCGAAAAUGUAGGUUUUCGUCGACUUAUGGCCAAAAUGCAGCCGAAAUAUGAGGUAAGCUCACUAAUGCAGGUCCACACUUGACUAUUCAGCAAUUUCAUUGCAGAUUCCCAGCCGGAAAUAUUUUUCGACAACAAUCGUUCCUGACAUGUAUGCUAAAUGCAGAGAGGCAACACAGAAGUCACUACCUCGGAACGGGUUCAUUUCGUGUACUACGGAUAUCUGGUCUUCGCCAAGUAACAAAGCUGUUAUCAGCCUCACCAGUCAUUGGCUAGACGAAAAUUGUGCUAGACAGCAUGCGAUUUUGAACACCUGUAAAUUCCCUGGUUCCCAUACCAGUGAACGAAUUGGUAACAAAAUACACGGAAUAUUGGCGGACUGGAACAUACCUGUCUCGAGCGUACAUCUGAUCCUACGUGAUAAUGCAGCCAACAUGAUCAAAGGAUUGGAUACGGCUGAACUGCCACAUGCGGGCUGUUUCAUUCAUACUUUGCAGCUGGUAGUUCUCGAUGCUCUCGACUCACAAAAAGCAGUAAGAGACUUAAUUGCCAAAUCUCGUAACAUCGUUACCCAUUUCAAUCAUUCUCCGUCGGCUUGUGACAAGCUACUCGAAAUCCAGAAGAGAUAUGAGUUAACGGAACAUAAACUCAUGCAAAACAUACGAACCAGGUGGAAUUCGACAUUUUAUAUGCUUCAGCGGCUGAAGGAUCAACGGCCAGCGGUAACCUACUACACCGGUGAGUUCAACAGCAUUAAAAAUUUGUCUGAAUGUGAAUGGAAUUUGUUCAGCCCUGUCUUAGAGUUCUUGGGUCCUUUCGAAGAAAUUACUCGUCUUAUUAGUACCGAAGACUCAUGCAUUUCGGAAGUUAUCCCUUAUGUAAUUACCCUUCGUUCAUACCUGGAGAAGCCGAAUAACAACCAAAAAUCUGUAGAAGCAACUAAGGAUGCAUUGCUCCGUAAUCUGAAGUCACGAUUUAGGCUCAUUCUGCAGGAAAGUGUCUUCAUGUAUGCUACCGUCGUCGAUCCAAGAUUCAAGUUUAACUUUAUCCCAGAGGAAGAACGUGCUCCCUUGAAAGAUCAAAUAAUUACCGAAAUUACUGAAUGUUCCCAAAACGCUGUGAGGACAUCAGACGACUCGCCACUACCAGGACCUUCGUCAGCAAACGGAUUGGGCUCCAGUGGAUUCUGGGACUGUUUUGCUGAAAUUGGUGCAAAGCAACAUGAGGUUGCUAAUCCGACAUUAUGUCAGAUAAAAGUCGAGUUUGAGCAAUACAUCUCCGAAAAAGCUAUUGAAAGGACUGCUAAUCCAUACGUUUGGUGGAAGGAACAUCAAUCGACGUUUCCUGCCGUGUUCAAACUAAUAAGGAAGUACUUGUCAGCACCCGCUAGCACAAGCUUCAGUGAGCGCUUAUUCUCCACUGAGGGGUUGGUUUUUGAGCAACAUCGGAGCAGCUUACUACCAGAACAGGCAGAAAUGAUUACUUGCUUAAACCGAAACUUCAAGUUUUUAAAUGAGUAGAUUUCCAAUAUAGCUUUUUACAUUCAUUUUCUCCAACAUUCAAAAAACUAAAUAAACCUGUAACACAACAACUUAUGUCAGUUUUACCUACAACAAAAAUAAAUGAAAUAUUCGGCCGAAUAGUAGCACAACUAUUCGGCCAAUUCGUAAUUUGGCCAAUAUUCGGCCCGAAUAUUCGGCCAGCCGAAUAUUCGGUACAGCUCUAUUUCAUAGUAAGGUAUUUGUGUAGAACAGAAUUUAUUUGCUUAGCUUUAUUGGUGACCACGUGGUCUUUUGAAGUAGAAUACUUCUUUCAGGAAGUUCGGCUACAUAGGGAUGUGAAAUGAAAAUCUAAAACCGAAGAAAGUGAAAAAUAUGUCCAAUUUCAAAUGCUAAUAAAUCGGUUAGUAUUCGAUGGAUUUUCUUCGUUCUUGCAGCAAUAGAUUGGAAAAUCUUCUAAGAUUCAUCCCAAAAUAAGAUAAUUGUAAUUCAAUUAUUCACACUAUUGUACUAUUGAAAAUAGUCAAGCCUUGUUAAAACGAAAAAUUCGCCCUCUGAUUGGUAGUUAUAUGAUUGCUUCCCAAGCACGGUCGACAGAAUCAUAUACCUUGCAAUUGAAAACAUGCUAUUUGGCCUAUAUAAGAGCCUCAGUUUCAGCCGAAGCCGCUCAUAAUAGUUCUAGACAGCGACAACAGCAGUCGUCCUUCCUUAGCAGCAGCACUAGCUCUGUGGUUGGUCACCACGUCUCAGGAGCAGCGCGGUUUUUCUCAGCGUGUGUCGCCAGACUGCCAUUAUUCCCCCUGUGUUGGGGCAGCAUGAAGAUUGCAUUGAAUUGAAUUUUUGACAACACAAGCAAGCGUUCUGUGUUGGAUCCUAGCAAUUUAAAUCUGUCGCGCCCGUCUAAUUCACUGAAUGUGAAAUAGCUUCCACAAUGCAUGUUGUCCGUGUAUCUUAAUUCCCCCAUUGUUAGGGCAGCUCAAAGGCUGCGAUCAGUAACCGAUUUUGAACCGCAAAAUGCCUUUUUGAAGACAAAUAAACAAGUAAUUGAAGGUUUAUAAUUUUCUGGUAUCAACACAAGCAGACAUUCUGUGCGGGAUGCAAUCGAAUUCUGUUGCAGUUGUAUAAUUUUAACUUUAUUGAGGUAACCCUCCACUGUAAGGGCAGCGCAAAGGCUGUGAUCAGCAUAAGCGAUUUUGAAUAACAAACUGCCCUAUUAGAACACCCUCACAAAAGCAGUUAGUUCGACUAUGCAGAGCAAAUGUGAAGUAGAUUCAAUCAAUCAGCAUGAACAAAAUUUCGUCGUCUCCCAGCUGCUAAGUUGCAACAUGAUGCAACACGCAGCAGCGAGCAAACGAAAUCGCUUGAUGUUACAAGCCGCAAUACGGUUAGGGGUUAAAUAAAGUAUUCUACUUCAACCUUGCGGUCGUGGCUUUGCACACAACCCUCCUGUGAUUUUUUUCCUGACUUAUAAUUUAUUGUUGCCACCAAGUCAAGAAUGAAGCUUUUGCGUUUUAGAAACAUAGAAUGUACUGAAAGUUUAAUAAUAAAAAUGUAAUAAAAAUGCAAAAAUUAAAGUGAAUUUUUGGCACUUGACAAAUGAAAAGACCACGUGGUUAAAGUCGCAAGGAGGGGGGGGGGGUUUGCCAAAAGACCACGAAAGACCACGGGGGGGUACGGGGAGUAUAAAAAGUGACCAAAAUAUGACCACGUGGUUUAGGAACGGCCCCUUAAAAGAUGAUGAAUGAUUUUUGUUCUUCAUAAUGAUAUUCAUCCGCAAAACAUGCUCCAUGUGCACAAUACGUUAUCUCGACAGUUGUGUUUUUCGGAAUUCCGAAUAAUACUUCUUUUUUAUCCAUGAUCCAGACAUCUUGGUCAAAUAAUCUCAGGGUACCGAGAUAAAUAGAAGCAAAUUUACGGCAUACCUGUAAAAAUGGUCGGUUCUCGAUGAUUCAGGAAAUUUUUUACGAAAUCUCUUUAAAAGAGAAUGUUUUAAGGUAGAUCGGUAUUUUUUUUUAACGAGGAAACAUUAUGUAGGCAAGUGUGUAUACUAUCUUGAAACAAUUGUUUAGUAAUUUGAUCCAACGAUUUACGUGAAAAAUUAAAAAAAAACUGAAUAUGCAUCUAAUUGAAGUGAUCAAACAACAUCAUGGUCAGGAAAUUCGUUCCAUAGUCCUUCGGAAUUGUUGUUAUAUGAAAAAUGUUUUCGAUCAAAAUAAAAAUAAAUUCUAUGUCCGCAAAUAAUUUAGAGAUCAUUGUUGUAAUCUCUUUAUAGUUUUUAAUUUCAACAACCAAUGAAGUUUUGCGCUACGAAGUUGUUCAGACACUUACUCCUAUAUAGAUGUAUUAUUCAAUCGAAAAUACUUGUUUUCUUUUGUACAUAUAAAAAUGUGUGAGUCUAGUUUAAACGAGUAAAAUUUCGUUCAAAAGGUAAACAACAAAUACAAAUAAGGACGUCACCUAAUGUUAAAUCAACAGUAUAGACUGUGUAAUUUGUCGAUAAAAAUAUGUAUGUGCAAUACCACGAUCAAACAUUUACAGAAUAAUACAAAUAUUUGUAUGUAUAAAGAACUUCAAAUAUUCAAAAAUAUUUUAUUGUAUUCUAUUUUAAUUAUAUUAACCUGUAAUUAUGUAUAUGUAACGCAUUAAGGUUCUAGUCUCGCCAAACAAUUAAGCGAAAUGUAAACAAACGAACGAAAAAUCAGGUGCGGUAUUUAAUGUGAUGAAGACAUUUCAAUCAUUUCCAGUAAUAGACCCUCUAUUAUAAAAGUAUCUAAAACGCAAUGAAUAAAACAAAAAGCUCAUUUUGAGCCAGUUUCAAGUUGGAAACCUUUUCAAAUAUUAGUUGUUUUAUAAAAAAAAUCUCGGAAUCAUGUUAAAAAACUGUAGACGUAUCAAUAAAGAGAAAAAACUCCA